UCGAAACGGGACAAACAAGGCGCGGGCCAAUGGGAGAGCUUGGCGGGCGGGGUCGCGACUGCCACUCAAAGCCUUUAUAAAGUUUGUGUGGCUUCACCGCAGUCGGAUCAUUUUUCUUCUUUUCUUCCGAAGCGGUCGCUUCCAAAGGGCUGCCCGUCGCCGCAAGCAUGUCGCCCCUCGUGGCCCUGUUGGCUUUGUGCCUGAGCGCCGUCGCCGCCGCCCCCAGCCUGGACCCUCAGCUGGAUGAGCACUGGGACCUGUGGAAGAGCUGGCACUCCAAGCAGUACCACCGGACGGAGGAAGGCUGGAGGAGGAUGGUGUGGGAGAAGAACCUGCGCAAGAUCGAGCUGCACAACCUGGAGCACUCGCUGGGCAAGCACAGCUACAGCCUGGGCAUGAACCACUUUGGAGACAUGACGCACGACGAGUUCCGGCAGAUCAUGAACGGCUACAAGCGCGGCGACGGGCUGCGCAAGAAGGUGAAAGGAGCGCACUUCAUGGAGCCCAACUUCCUGGAGGCGCCGCGCUCGCUGGACUGGCGAGACCGCGGCUACGUCACCCCCGUCAAGGACCAGGGUCAGUGCGGGUCGUGCUGGGCCUUCAGCACCACGGGGGCCCUGGAGGGCCAGCACUUCCGCAAGACGGGCAAGCUGGUGUCUCUGAGCGAGCAGAACCUGGUGGACUGCUCGCGGCCCGAAGGCAACGAGGGCUGCAACGGGGGCCUGAUGGACCAGGCCUUCCAGUACAUCAAGGACAACGACGGCCUGGACUCGGAGGACGCCUACCCCUACCUGGGAACCGACGACCAGCCGUGCCACUAUGACCCCAAUUUCAACUCGGCCAACGACACGGGCUUCGUGGACGUGCCGGCCGGCAAGGAGCACGCGCUGAUGAAGGCCGUGGCCUCGGUGGGGCCCGUCUCGGUGGCCAUCGACGCGGGACACGAGUCCUUCCAGUUCUACCAAUCGGGCAUCUACUUUGAGAAGGAGUGCAGCAGCGAGGAGCUGGACCACGGCGUGCUGGUGGUGGGCUACGGCUUUGAGGGCGAAGACACGGACGGCAACAAGUACUGGAUCGUCAAGAACAGCUGGAGCGAGAAGUGGGGCGACAAAGGUUACAUCUACAUGGCCAAGGACCGCAAGAACCACUGCGGCAUCGCCACCGCCGCCAGCUACCCGCUGGUCUGACGGGAUGCGCCAUCUUACAUUGUUUUUGUUUUUGCUUUCAAAAUGGAGGCUUUGGAUUUUAGCCCACCAGUGUUUUUAGGCAAGCGACGCCGCUUUCGAGCCAAAUUGGAUUUGACUUCUUUUAUUCUUUGUACAUAUGUUGCUCAGUGAGCGGGGGAACUACUACUCUUCUUGUGAAGGUCUCUGGGGUUUUGUUGUUUUAUUUGUCGACCAUUAAAAAAUGUGAAACACCA